AUGAAGUGGUUCCUACCCACUACAGCAGCACUCUUCCUCCUAUCCACUCCCACCCUUGCAGCAUCAUCCUCGACCAACUUCUCACCCAGAUCAGACCCUGGCAUCUACCUCGCAGGCGACCCGAACCCAGAAGACGGCUGGACCUCUCUCCCCGACAUAGACGGUGCGCGAAUCGACAAUUCCACCAUCGUCGCGUCUCCUGGUUCCGGCACACUUUUCCACUACAUCGAUUCCGACUAUGACCCAUCCAAAAUCAUAAGAGCCGUCAUCCAGAUCCACGGCGAGAACCGCGAUGCAUGGAAUCAGUGGAUUUACGCCGAUCUCUCCGCUAAACGUGCUGCAUCAGGUGGAAGUUUCGAUAGGGAUCAAGUGGUUGUGAUGGCACCGAUGUUUUUCAAUACUGCUGAUGAGGGAGCCUAUCCGUUCGAUCCGACGUUGGAUGCCGGAAAUGCGGUGACGACUACCCAAGAUACUGCUGUUACUCCUACUGGUCGACGCCAUGCUGUGCUACACACUGGUUCGCCUCAGAGGAGGAUGAGGGAAAAGAGAGGUAGACAUACAAUUCCCUUGCAGAAGGUUAGUACGACAGAAGUGAUGAUUUGGAAAUCGGUCGAAUGGGGAGAUGGACAAACCGCAUACGAACCAUCAAACGCUGAUGGCGCGGGUAGUUUCGAAGCACUAGACGCCGCAGUAGCUUUCUUUCUCGAUCGAGAACGGUUCCCUCAUCUCCGCAAAGUUGUUGUCGCAGGCUUCUCUCUCGGAGCCCAACUCACCAACCGAUAUGCGACAUUCAGAAACGACGCAACCGAAGACAGCCGUAUCAUCUUCUGGAUCUCCUCCCCCAAUUCUUUCGUCUAUCUUUCCGGCGAUCGUCCCCGCAAAAUCGGUCGGGAUUGCACCAACACCUAUUCCGAAUACAAAUACGGUCUCAACGGUACCCUCCCCACCUACUACACCUCUGGUCCGGAACAGCUUUCAACUCCAAUGUUGAUCUCGCGCUAUCUCAGCCGAACCAUCUUCUACCUUGUUGGCAUGAAAGAUGACAAUGCAGGUUUAGACAGUUGUUCACCCAACACACAAGGCCUCGAUCAUUUGGAUAAGAUGUGGUAUUGGACGCAACAAGUAAUCCCUAUGCUGCCGGGGAGUACGGGGAAAGAAGGGGUGCUGCCGAAAAACAGUUUGGUUAGAUGGGUGCAAGGUACGGGACAUCAAGAUUGGAAGAUCAUAACGAGUGAUCCUGGUGUAGAGACGUUGUGGUUGAAACAGUGGUACAGUGAUGGGACUGAUGCAAGGGCGCCAGCUAGUAAUGGUGUGGUGGGGGCCAAGACUCCGAGUAGGAAGUCGAUCACCAACGGGGCGAAGGGUGGAAUGCCGUCUGGUACGGUGUGGUUGGCGUUGGGGGUGAGCGGGGUGGCUGCGUUGGCUGCGCUGCUUUGA